AGGUAUUUGUUCGUAAGACGGCCCUGGUAAACGAAGGUAGCAACCCUUUCCGAACUACGCGCUCGAGCAGUUCAAUGAGGGUGGAGACUGCGCCGUGUUCUAUCGUGUCUUUCGUCUCCCGUAUCCUUGCAUCUGAUACAGUUUUUCCUCCGAGUUAUUUAUUCUUCGAAAAACAAAGUGUUAUAUGUUAACGACAUUAAAAUGUUUUGCAAGCAAUUGGAUGUCUCUUCGUGGAGGAAGCCUUGAUCUUUGUACGAAAAAGGAUUGUAAAUACAGAGCGUUAAAAGUAGCCGCCAAGCCAUGUCUACGAGAUCAAAGGAGAAGGUCGUAGCCGCUUUUCGGAAAAUCUUCCGAACCUCUGAGAAAAUUUCCGACCAGGAAGCAGCGAGCAGUUCAACGAGUUCUCCGUCGAGAAGGCUUCUAAGUCGACAUCAUCGUCCCGACGCAGUCACACCGUCCGACGGCGUGUCGACCGAAAAUUCAGACGCCAGCAACUCCAACUACGGAAGUUGCUUCUUUAAAUCAAAGAAAACCGCCGGCAGCACCGCUCAGGGCGCUGUUGUAGUACCGGACAAGAGGGUUCGUCUACGUCGACUAAUGAAGGAACUCAGCGAAAUUCAAAGGACGCAACACCGGCUCGAAUCGACCUUCACCGCGGAGUUGGUCAACGACAAUUUGUUCGAGUGGCACGUGAAACUGCAAAAAAUCGAUCCGGAAAGCGAACUAGCAGCAGACAUGAGGGAGCUCAAUAUACCUUACAUACUUCUACACGUCGUAUUCCCGGAGAAUUUUCCGUUCGCCCCUCCUUUUAUGCGUGUCAUUUCACCUCGAAUCGAGAGAGGAUUCGUGAUGGAAGGCGGCGCUAUCUGUAUGGAACUCCUCACACCCAGAGGAUGGACCAGCGCGUAUACCAUCGAAGCCGUCAUCACGCAAUUUGCUGCUAGCAUCGUUAAAGGCCAGGGUCGUGUUGCGAGGAAACCAAAAGCGAACAAAGAAUUCAAUAGGCGCUCUGCCGAAGAAUCCUUCAGAAGUCUGGUGAAGACUCAUGAAAAAUACGGUUGGGUCACGCCACCGCUUGCCGAGGGUUGAUCGUUCCAAACUCGUUAAAAGAACGAAAAACACGAUUGCUAUUUGCAGAAAUAAACCGCUACAUGCAGGUUUUUAGUCUGUGAACUAUAUUGGUUUCAUAAUAUAUAUAUAUAUAUAUAUAUAUACAUACAUACAUAUAUAUAUAUAUAUUUUUUUUAUGGACCGUGAAAUUGCAGCAUGAUCUCGUUACGAUUUCGCGGUGCUUGUACGACAAAUAUACUGCACGAUAGUUGAGAGGGGAACGGAAAGCGAUAGUGAAAUUUAUAAAUGGUUCUAGACGUUUGUCAAUUCGGUUGAAACAAUAGUGAUAAUGUUUACGAUUGUUUGGUCAUUAAACCAUUAGUGGCUUUUGUUUAAGUUUCGUAUUAAAUCGAUCGUCGUGAAAUUGCCACUAUUUUUGUUACACAUAUGUAUACAUAGUAUAUGAAUAGCGAACCUUUUGGACUGACAAGCCAUUUUUUAAUCCUUAUACAAAGAGCUAAAAAUAAUAUAUAAACAUUUCUGUUGAUGUAUUAUGAGAUUUCUAUCUUUUAACCCUUAAUUCUUUCUCAUUUAAGAAUGGAAAUAGUUAAUGUUAGAGAAAAAAAAAAACAAGAAUUUUAUGGAACAUAAUUAUAUCUAAAGAUAGAAUGAUUCUGUGAAUGUAAGUCACAAAUUUGAUUAUGCUAUUAAUUGAGAUAAACUACGUUAUGAUAAAAAAAAAAAAAAAAAAACAUACAAAUAUAAAAAUGUAAUACAACGAUGGUGUAAACCAACAGAAGCAGAUUUUCAAUAUACAGGGUUUUCCGAGGAGGAGGAUUAUAGACUUUCAGGGUAUAUGUAUAGUAGUCGCUAAACAAAGUAAAAAAUGCUUUGUCAAUGUAGUAUUAAAAAAAAAGAAGCCUAGUCAGAGAUGUAAGGGAUUUUUAAUUUUGGCAACAUAGGUGACUUCUUCGGCAGUAGGAUAAAUGUUAUAAUAUUACACAGUAAAUAAAUAAAUUAACAAUCGUAUUUAAUUAAUAUUAUAACGAAUAAUUAUUGUAAUAGUAUAAGUAUUUUUUUGCUCUGACAAAUAAAAUAUGUCUAUCAAUUAAUUCGAACGGUGCCGGGAAAUUUUGAAAGCACGUAUGUGGAAAUAAAAGAUAGACACAGAAUAUUUUUCGUAGACAUCAAAUUAUAGUAAUAUAAUUUUAUAUUUAGAAAUGAUAUAUAUAUAUAUAUAUAUAUAAUAAACAGCAGUAAGUAAGUCACUAAUAUGUUACUAUAAUCAAAAAUCGCAUUUAAAUCUGACUAAAUAUAUUUUACUCGAUUUAGCGAGUAUUACGUGCCAUCAAAGUCUCUAACCUUCUAUUCAAAUAGUCUACCAGGAAGCAUGCAAUCUUCAAAUAUAACAUUUUAUUUGUUUAUUGAAACACUCGACCUCAUUAAAAAUCUAACGCCACGG